GAGUAAGUUCUAGCAGUUGAAAAUGGAAGUUUCUUGUAAAAAAAAAAAAAAAAGGAAGUUAAACUCCAAUGGUAGUCGCCAUUUUUCACAUACAGUGUCGUGUUCCUCGUGGACGUCCUCACUUACGUAAUUCUUCGUCACCACCUACCUCUCUCUCUCUCUCUCUCUCUCUCUCUCUCUCUCUAACUGGUCCAACAUAUGCUGGGUUUUGUCAAUUGAUGUUCCUCACGCCGCUCCAAGUAAUCCCACUGAAGGGCGUGAGCAAGGUUGAUCCCACAAGGAGUAAAAAGGAUAAUCGGACCAUACAUGUUUGCCAGUCAUGACAACGGAUACAACCGACCUGAGUUAUUGGUUAAACUGGAGGUUCUUCACCUGUGCAGUAUUUGUCUUUGGAUCUAUGGUUGUGUCAGUAUUUGUAAUAUGGAAAUAUGAAGGUUUCAAAAAAUCAAAAACAGAGAGAAGAUAUAAUUGGCAAGACACGGCAGGGAUUUUAUACAAGGACGAAACAUGGAGGACAUCCUUGAAAGUGAUCCGUCCCACCUGGCUUCUUGCUUACAGAGUGACUGCUUUCAUUGUGCUUUUGUCAUUGCUCAUUUUGAAUGUCGUGCUUGAUGGAGGCGGCAUAUUUUACUAUUAUACUCAGUGGACAUUUUCAUUGGUCACCCUAUAUUUUGGGCUUGCAUCUUUAUUCUCCAUUCAUGGUUGUCGCCAAUGCUGCCAUGAAGCUGGUGUUGCUAGGGUUGAUCAGGUCGCUUUAGAUGCAGAGCGGGGCACUUAUGUGGCUCUAAGUUUGGAGGAAAAUGCGAAUAUGCCAAGUAUGUCCAAAAGCUUACAUUCGGGCUUGAAUUCCCACGAAGAAUAUCUCGCUCGGAAAACUGCAGGCAUAUGGGGCUAUAUCUUUCAGAUUAUUUACCAGAUAUGUGCAGGUGCAGUGGUGCUUACUGAUUGCGUCUUUUGGUUCAUAAUUUUUCCGUUUCUCACCUCCGAUGAUUACAGCUUGGAUUUUAUUGAUGCUACUUUUCAUUCACUCAAUGCUGUUUUGCUGCUCGGUGACGUGAUUUUGAAUUGCUUGCGGUUCCCUUUCUUUCGAAUAACAUAUUUUAUUCAGUGGACGAGUAUAUAUGUCAUUUUCCAAUGGAUCGUCCAUGCUUGUGUUUCAAUGUGGUGGCCUUAUCCAUUUCUUGACUUAACCACUCCAUAUGCUCCGAUAUGGUACUUGGCAGUGGGGAUUCUGCAUCUCCCAUGCUAUGGCGUCUUUACUCUCAUAAUAAGGUUGAAGAACUAUUGGUUGUCGAAAGCAUUCCCAGAUGCUAUUCAGAUAUGAGAAGAGAGAGGUAACACGACGUUUGGGCUUCUUCGCACCAUGGAAGAGUCAAGCAUGCUCAACUCUACUCAGGUCCUUUUGCAUUUAACAUUGCUAGUCCGACUUCAUUCAUGUUGCGUUUUGAAAUUUGGUUCAUAUUAAAGUGGGGCAGCUAUAUUCCAUAGAGAUUUUGAAUUUUAUUAGCGUGAUAUUUAUGGGAUACUGUUGAUGUGUGGAAGAUGUAACAACUUUAAGAGUUGAGGAAACCAGAAGUGCAUGAUUCUUGCUGGAAGGUGUCUGUUUCACAAUCUUCAUCUACUGUUGUAUACACAACCCUGUAAUGUACUUCUAUAUUUUUCAUUCAAAGAAACAAAGCUAGACUUUGAAUUA